AUGGAGUCAAUCGCCGAGCCACAAUCCAACAACAACAACAAAGCAGCCGAAGAAGUUGUCAAGGCUCUCCAGCCGCCAAAACAGCGCUCGGAUACGCUCCUGCGAGACACAUUGAUGAACUUCAAGUUCAAAUUUGCCAAACUGGAAGCGGAUAUGCUGGGCAUGCGAGCUGAGAUGGCACUGAUGGAAGACCUGGCCAAGGCCCAAAGUGCCGAAAACGAACGCUUGAAGCAGGAACUGGGAGCCGAAAUCAGCCGCCUCAAGCGCGAGAACGAUCAGAUGGCCAGGCAAAUUCGGAUGCUGCGGUGCGAAAAUGCCGCUCUGAAGGACGAACUAGGCGUUGAG